GGGAGUGAGACGGCCGUGGUAUUGCGCUGCUACGGACCAGCCCCUCAUGUGGGCUCCGUCCUUCGCGGCCCCAUCCGCGCCGGGAUGGAGGCGUCCGGCCGCUGCCGGCGGCACCUUCCCGUCCUGCUGCUUUGGGGAUCUCCCACCUGCUGUCAGCACUGAGAAAAUCCCUGAGUGUUUCCUUUGAGUUAACGGUCUAAUGAUGCUUGGAUUAGCAGGUGUGCAUCAACAGAUUAAUCUCUGCAAUGAAUCUCUCAUGCUAGAAAGGUUGCCUGCCUGUGGAAAGUUCUUUGAAGAGAUGAUGAAGAAAGUGGACUCCAAAAAAUGGUGCAACCUGACAGAAUUUAUCACGUAUUAUAAUAUCUUUACCCAGUGCACAGAACGUGAAGCCAAUGAUGCAAGUUGCUUCUGGCCAAACCCCCUUGCAGAGAGCUUUAUCACUGGAAUUCAUAAACAAUUCUUUUUAAACUGUACUUUGGACAACGUUCACUGGGAAGAUCCACCAGAUGAAAUUCUCAUACCUCUGAUCUUGAUUCCAGUCAUGUUAACAUGUGCCAUGAUAAUGCUGGUAGUAUGGUGCAGUAAGAGAAGUGAUAUUCUAGGGUAAGUUGUUCCCAAUGGCUUUGCUUUUAGCAUUUCCUUCUUCAAGAAAAAAAAAAAACAACAAAAAAAAAAACAACCAAAACACCCAACAGACUAAGAAAGAAGGAUGAAAAAAGAAACUUCAUGUAAAGAUUUCAUAUCUGCAGAAUGGAACCUGUGAGAUGCUGUGACAGAGAUGAUGCUUCUGUGAACAAAGAGCUGCUUGCUUCUGCCAAAUGUCAGUGCUUCUGAGAUUGGCCAUCAGUGUUCCUGGUGCAAAGCUUUACACUGUCGUUGGGUCUCAUAAUCAUAGAAUUCACAGGCAUUUCUCAGAAUUAAGGUAGUCCCCAGGCAAGUGGGUCCCUUGGCUGCAAGAGAGGUAAAGUUACUUUCCCAUGGGUAAAGCUGGUUGGUAAACUAAGUUUUGCAAAACUGUAUGUAAGUGUAUAUAUACACAGUGUAGCAUUAACUGUGAGGGAGGUGUUAUCUCUUGAGUUUCUGUGCAGAACUCUUGUGGUUUUCAUCUGUGAACCUCGUAACACAAAUGUAAGACCACUGGCAAAGAAACUGAAUAUGGAUGUGUAACCAAGGGACAACUUCUUCUGAAUGUUAGUGCAAAACAUCAUUAUCAAGAAUUGGAAAUAUUGUCUUGGCAAAAGGAACAAUUAAUGUUUCCAGUGCAACAUGGGAAAAAAGUCAUGUUGCAUUAUAGAAUAGCUUAGGAAAUGCCUCUGAGCAUAGUUGGAAUUGUAUGGUUUACAAACUCUGGAAGAAAUACAGAUCUUACUUUACAGAAAAUCUGUGAGAGGAAAAUUAUUGAUUAUAAGGGAAGAAACUUUAGUAUACCAGACCAUUUAUUUUUCUCUUUUAUAAUUAUUAUACUUGAUGACUUGAGUUCACUGUAUACUCCCUGCUCUCACUUCAAUUUGUGCAAGUGACAUCCUUCAAAUAAAUAUAAACAUGUAAUGUUGAUUGAGGUGCCUUCUAGAAGGUAAUUAUGUACAUAAUUUGUUUUUCAUUCUGUGAAGAGUGUGGGAAUUAAGUAUGGAUAUCAAAGAGGUAUGAACGUACCUUGGAACAGACAUAGGAGGAAAGAGAAGAAAAAUCCACUCAGAAGUCCUAUUCUAUAAAGCUAUCCCAAUGUAACAAUUCAAGUAAAUAUCAUAUGCCCAAAAUAAAACAAAUUCCUUAUUUGUAUUAUAAAUAUAUAUAUAUAUUUCAUUUCACCAAAUACCUUCCAGUCAAAAGCCCUUCCAUUAUACACAAAUAAAGUCUGUUACAAGUAAUUGUUCAUUUUACUAUAUGGUAUGCAGACAAGUAACUUGAAUGUCAAAGGAAUGAUUUUCCAUAUCUAUUCUAGUUAGAUACUCUCUUUUAAGAUUCUGGUCUGCUGUGUAAUGACCAGGCCUGAAUCAAAUCGGGUUGUUUAUAUGUAGAUACAUAAAUAACAAAUGUAGAUACACUGGUUUUCACAUCCUUUCAUAACAGGUAAAAACACUGGCUUUUUUAAAAAUUACCUUAUGUGGUAUAAUGGUUAAUUUUGUAAGUUCCUAUGUGUUUUUCCAAAGAUAUUCUUUCAUUCUCUGGGUGCAAAUGGAAAAUCACUCUUUAUAAAAGAAGUGUGAAAUAUGUUCUAAGGAUUUUUUAUAUUAAAAUGUUUUGUCCUCGAAAACCUGUGAUGAACAAAAACAAUCAAAAUAAAAGAGCAUUCAUUUGAACAAAAAGAUUAAUCAGAUUCAUCAACCCAUUUUGUGUGGCCAAAAUCAAAUAAUUUUCAAAUUAUUGAUAUUUUGCAUGAAGUUUUCUCCUUUUUCUUACUUUAAACGUAAAAGCAAAACGUUUAUUUGGAAACUUCAUUAAAAACAAACAAACAAAAAUCCUGCUUUUUCACAAACAUAUUCUUUAACCAUUACUGCUGUAUUUCCUGCAAGUUCUUGAUUCUUCUUUGAAACUAAGUUCAACUGAUGAACUAAUCACCUUAAAGGCAUGAGCCAUCCAAAGGUUGGCCUAGGAAACAAAUGGAGAAGAAACUUUCACGCUGAUUACAUCAUACUACUAGUUGUGCAUUUUGAGUUUUUUUUUUUUUUUAAUGUAAUAUUUAAGUGGAUUCUGUUCAAAUUGAAAAUAAAAUCUAGUGUGAACUUUUCAAA